AAUAGAAGAGAAACUUAAGCCUCAAGAAAUCAGCAAACAAAAAUCAAUUUAACAAAAAAAAACCUCUUUCUCUGCUCUCUCUCUCUCUUUUUCAAAUCCCAUAUGUUGCUUCCUUGAGUUUUAUCUCUUGUCUUCCGUAAGAAUGGGAAGCAACAUCUGAGGAUCCAUUGAUAUUACCAGACAUAUAAACCUUAUAUUCAAACAAAAACAUAUAUAUUGUGUGUGUGUGUGUGUGUGUGAGCGUUAAUGAUGAAAUAGCAGAUUGAGAGCAAGAAAGAGGUACUUUUAGUUGAUAACCACCGCGAUGGAGAUACAGAGAAUGAGGCAGUUGAUGUCCCUUUGGUCUAAUUUGAUGAGUAGCCGUGUUUCUCUUACCGGUGGGAAUCAUACAGCCGCUAGGUUCUGCACUCGCUAGGCUCGCCUCUUCUCUCGCUCGCUCGGUUUUUUCUUUCAUUCCUUAUUAACUUCCUUUGGAUUCUCUUUUAGCUAUCUAUUCUCUUCUCUUCUCUCUUUCCUCUUCUUUAACUUUCAACUGCACUUUUUCGCGUUGUUUCGGCUUUUUAAGACAUAACAAAGAAAAAAAGAUAUGGUGUUUGUUACUGUCCAAGACUUUCACUCCAUGUGCCAAAAGCAUUUUCACUACCUCUUGAAAAAGAGAGACCGUUCGAGCUCUUCUUUAAGCUCUGCGGAUUCUUUCCUCAAGGCUUCUCGUUCUGAAGUCUUGAGUCUCUUUAUGAGAUCAACGCUUUUGGCUUUGUUGUUUCUGUCAUUUACUUGGUUGAGUCUCCUCAAAUAUGGAACUGCUGCAACUGCUCCAUCUAAAUCGGUUGAAUCUGACCUUCCUCAUGAGCUAAUGCCUUUGCUUCUCAAAGAUUUGGAGAAGGAAGGUCUUUUUAAGAUGGGAGAUAAAGCACUCUUCCUAAGAGGUGGAGAUGAUGAUGAGGUCACUGUUUCUUCAUACUCUCAGACAGUGAUCGAAACUGAUAUGCUUCUUGUAUCUGCCAACGAUCAGGAGAUGCAGAGCAUGGUCCCUAACGAGACCUUUGAUUUCGCCUUUGCGCAUUCUCGUCAUAUUGACUCUGCUGAAUUUAUAGACAGGACUCUUAAAGUUGGCGGCAUCCUCACCGUCCAAGCCAACCUUCAAGAUCUUUCUCCAAAUUUCUUGAAACAUCCAAACUAUGAAAUAGUCUAUGUAAAGAGCUCUGAGUACACGGUAAUGACAAUGAGGAAAACAGGGGAAACAGAGCAAAAGCAGAGCUUAGUAGCCACCGGGAGGAAACUUCUCGGUAUCACAGAAGAAGAGGCCAAAGAAAAAGCUUUGAGAAAGCUAGAGGAUGUUCUCCUUGAACCACCAAGAUCAGCUUCGAGGAAGUCAAGAACAUACUUCAAACGGACAAGGUACCUCCCAGACCUUAUGGGAGACAGUAUGGACCUCGAGAGCUACUCGAGGCGAGUAUUUAUCGAUGUGGGAAACGGAAAAGGAAGCAGUGGAACUGAAUGGUUUAUUGAAAAUUACCCAACAAGGAAUCAGAAUUUUGAGAUGUACAAGAUUGAGACGGUGAACGAUGAGACGAGCCUAGAAUCUGAGAAAAUGGGCAUGCCGGAGUGGCUAAACGAAAAUGUAAAGGAGGAGGAAUACGUGGUAAUGAAGGCGGAGGCGGAAGUGGUGGAGGAGAUGAUGAGGAGCAAGUCGAUCAAAAUGGUGGAUGAGCUUUUCUUGGAGUGCAAGCCAAAAGGUUUAGGGCUAAGGGGAAGGAAGAUGCAGAGUAAGAGUGGUAGAGCUUAUUGGGAGUGUUUAGCUCUCUAUGGCAAACUCAGAGAUGAAGGAGUUGCUGUGCAUCAAUGGUGGGGUUGAAGUUAAAGAUCAUGGAGACAGAACUGAGAGAGAAUAUUCAUCAAACCAGUCUCUUUUAAUUAUCUUUUAUGUUGUCUCUUUUGUUGUUGUUGUUAAAAGGUAUGUUUCACUUAUUUAUUUAAUCUCUCAUCUUGUUAUCAUCUAUGUGUUGUUGUCGUGUUUAAAGUAAUUUGUUGUGUUGUAAGUUUGGGACUAAUGAGCUUAUUAACAAAUCUUUAGUAAA